AAGAUGAAUUUAAACUUUGAUUAAUUUGGCCAUGUGAUCGUUGACAUUUGUUUUCUGACAUUAAUUAUUUAUGGGAGUAGUUGUUGGUUAGGGCAAGCAAGUUUUGAAUGUCAUCAUUGAUUCUUUACACUGAGUACAUGGGAGGGAUACAAUAUUUUUAUUCUUGGAUUUUCUCGCAUGGAUCAAGGCACCUGCUGCUCUGUCAACUAAGCAUGUAGCAACAUGGAAUAUCAUCAGCAGCCCGAUGCCUGCAUGGCCGCUCUCUGGGCCUUGUCAUGAUCAUUCAGCUGAGUGUGUCUGGACAUCCGGUGCUGGUGAAGGAUGAGGCCUCAAUGGAGGGAGACAAUCCAGGCUACUCCACUCACAGUCCGCAUCCAGUCAGGAAUGGAGGAGGAGGAGCUCGGGGGAAGGUGGCAGAGGGGGAGGACCACUCCUUGGGCAACAAAUCAAACAUAAUUGGUCAGGCUGGAGUGGCUCCACCUCCUGGGCACUUCCAUCACCUGUCUUCCCCGCAUCUGCCGCUCUGUCUCACAACCAAAGAUCUUCCGCCCUCACUUCCUGUCUACUGCGGGGCAUGCACACAACAUAGUGUCAUCAUCUCCCAGGAUGCACUGCAGCCUGGAAUCAUCACAUCCUGCACCAUGCCAAUGGCCAUGCCACCUAUGAAUAUUAAUGAGCCAGUCAUGAUGACAUCUGUGAUGGGUCAUCCAAGUGUCCCCCUCCCACCCCUGGCUGACCUCCCAACUGUCAAGUCAAUGAAGUUAUCUCCCCUCGACAAGGAGCCGACAUCGCCACCAGAUGGAACUGAGUGGGAGUGUAGAUGGAUGCAGUGUGAGCGCCGGUUCUCCGCUCUGGAUGACCUGGUCAACCAUGUCAAUGACCAACAUGUGAAGGUGGAGCGGCCCGACAUUGACUACCAGUGUAAAUGGACGGGAUGUCCCAGGCAGGGAAAGGGCUUCAACGCAAGAUACAAGAUGCUGAUCCACAUACGGACACACACCAAUGAGAAGCCUCACCGAUGUGGUCUGUGUGGCAAGUGCUUCUCACGGCUGGAAAACCUCAAGAUUCACAACAGAUCUCACACAGGAGAGAAGCCAUAUGUGUGUCCGGUCCAGGGCUGUCACAAAGCAUACUCCAACUCCAGCGACCGCUUCAAGCAUGUGCGCACGCACCAGGAGGAGAAGCCAUACGUGUGUAAGAUGCCAGGAUGUCACAAGCGCUACACUGAUCCAAGCUCCUUGAGGAAACACGUGCGGACAAUUGGACACUAUUUCCGUGGCGAUGGAUCGGUGACGCCAAAGUUACGACACAGUUCUCCCCCUUCCCCAGUGCCUACUCCUCCGAUUACAGUCAACAAUCUCAUCAAUCUUACGCCUUCCAAUGAAUUGCUAGGAAAUCUUCCCUCACACUUCCUGCCUCUGUCAUCCAACAUUUUCCCCGUGUCAUCGCUUCAUUCACUUUUCUCACCGCCCGUCGUAACCUCUUCUCACGCAUCCCCCAGCAUCAGCCUACCUGCAAAUCAUGCAGGAAUAAUUAUAUCAGACUCACGAUCCAUCCGCUCUGAAAAAACUGAUAGUCCCAUUGACAUAAAGACUACCUUACCUUCUCCAAGAUGCCAAGAUGGUCCCCUGGACCUGUCACGAAGUCCAUUACCUCAUCCAGCCAAAGAAGAUGAAACAGCGCACUUCACGGACUAUGUCCAGGUUGACUGACAUACAAGGGCAAUGCUUGGCCCUGAUUCAGUAUGAUAUAAAAUAUUUAUUUUUACCCAGAAUAUUCAGUUGUGUCACAUAUUGAUAUUUAAGCAAGUAUGAAGGAGUAUCACCAUGUGUUGUUUUUUUCAUGUAAAGAUAAAAAUAGAGCGCAAAAUUCAAUAUUAUUCUAAGAAGUAGGAACAGUCUUAGGUCCCGAGUGUAUCAGCGAGACACCUGAGAGAUUUUUUAUGCAAAUUUUGGUUUCCAGUGCAAUUUGUUUUCUUUUUUAAAAGUUGCUACAUGCCUUUAUCUCUUUUUUUAAUCACUUUAGUUUUUUCAUUGGUCAGUUUUUGUAACACUUCCAAGCAGAUGCAGGAAGCACAGAAAGGCCAUCCUGGAGACACACAAUUGAGUAAUUGAAGGGAUGUAGACUUCAUAUCAAGAUGUCAUUGAUAUUCUCGAUGAAGAGUUUGACAGUAGCCAUUUUGUCCUUUAGCAUGUCCUUGUCACGUGAUCACCAAAUGCAGCAGAAAAUCCAGUAUUAUAGAAAAAAAAUUCAAAUUAACCUUGAACAAUUCCCAGGUUGAAUUAGUCAAGCAAACAAGGCAUUUGUUGUUUAAAAGUGAAAUUGCUCAAUUAUUUACUUGGAAGGCACCCAUCGGAGCUGAGACAGUAAUGUUCUGGUGUCUCUACAUGGAGACCUGAUAUAAACAUUUGCUGUGGUACUGCUACAUAUUCCUAACAGAAGAGAUACUGUGUAUGGGAACAAUCAUUCGUUGUUGUGAGACAGUGCUAUGUUUAAUUUAUUGUACCUGACUCUCAUUGAUCUUUGUGAAGAUUGUUUGAACUGAAUAUAUGUAUACUUAAGUUACACAACUCAAGAUCAAUGCUCAUUACGCAUUGAAACUGAAAUAACCCAUCAGUGUAAGGAUGGUUGUGAAAAUUAGUGCUCUGUUUUAUUUGUUAUAUCUGAUACAUAUGUCUUUGUGAUGAGAGUUUGAACUGAAUAUAUUUGUAGUUAAGUUAAACAACUCAAGAUAUCACUCAUUAAGCAUUGAAACUCAAAUACUUCAUAUAUGUAAAGGAGGUAACAACAUUAAUUCCAACCAAUAGUAACAUGCAGAUUUGAAUGAAGUCCGUUGUGAGAUUUACCAGGAGAAAAGAUUGGAUGUCAGUAUCAAAGCUUACAGCAUUUGAUGGAGGUACAUGUUCAGUUUACUUCAAUAACUGGCACUCUGUUAGCUGUUUGCACAGAUAUGUUAACAUUUAAUAUUGUUUUAUUACGAUCUUGUGUUCUUAUUUUGCUGUUUUGUGAAAAACAUUCUGCUCGAAUUUAGAAUAUAUAUAUGGAGGG